GAUUAAACUGCUUGCUCUAAGAAUACAUAAUAAAACAAAGGGUACGUGAUUCAUGUGGUGGUUGUGGAAGAAUCUCUAUACAUACUUAAUACAGCUUGCAGAUAUCAAAUCCCCAUCGCUGACGAAGCAAGCUUUUGCUUUCUGAUGACCAAAUUAGCCCACCAAGCUAUAUGUAACAAGAUAUCGUCCAAUCGAUCUCGGAAAAGAGGCCUUCACUGACUACUUUUGCAAAGCUACUUUGACGAUACUGAUUCCUCAUUCGGAUCGGUAUGUGUGUGUGUGUGUGUGUGUGUGUGUGUGUUGAAGGUUUGAGAGAUUAGUUUUGGGAACAUUAAUUCAUCAAUGGCAACCUCAAGCUCUUUCUCCUCGUCAAUGUUAACCUCGGCGAGCUCUUUCUCCUCCGACGUGUACCCGUAUCCCGUCGAUGUCAACGUGGAGGACUUCGUUCACAUCAAGCUGUCCGGAACGAACUACUUCGUAUGGCGAAAGAUGAUGCUCGAUUUUCUCGAGAGGCAGUAUCUGAUCGGCUUCAUCAACGGCAUGAUCAAACCGCCGCCGGCGUUGAUCGCCGUCGACGAACAAUCCGAUUGCCGCGGCAAGGAGAUUGAGAAUCCUGACCACAUUUCCUGGAAAAGAUCUGACGAACUGGUACAGAAAUGGUUACGGAGCACGAUCCAAGACGAUAUGCUCCGCACUAAUGUGGCGCACCUUAAAACCGCUUUCGCUAUCUGGCGGGUUUUGGAGGAUACAUUUUUUAAUCCUUUCGCCGAUUUUAUGGAUUAUGAGCUGAUGAUGGGAGAAACAAGCCGUAGAGAAGCAGGGAUCAAUCUAAGCCAUUACUUCCCAUUGUACCAAGCGGUGCAAGAGGGCGACUGGGAGCGUGUGAAGAAAUUCCUAGAAGAAGAACCCGAUGCAAUCAAGGCCCGAAUCAAUACGUCCUUACAAACGCCACUACUGGUAGCGGUGAAGUCCCCGCACAGGAACAAAGUUGUGAAGGGGCUCUUGGAGAGGAUGUCGGAAGAGGAUCUGGAGCAGUUUGAACACGGGACAGACGCGACAGUCUUACACAAGGCAGUGGCUGCUGGGAAUAUAGAGGCAGCAAAGAUGUUGGUGAACAAGAACCCUCGCUUGCCUUAUAUCUGUGGUGAUUCCGGCGUUGUACCUCUACGUACAGCUGCUCGUAGGGCCAAUAGAGAGAUGGUAUCUUACUUAUGGAGUGUCACCAAAGAAGACAUUGAUCCUAGGCCCUUCAUCGAUAAAUUAGGCUUCAAGCUCAUCGACUCUCUAAUUAUCGGUGGACUUUAUGACAUUGCUUUAACAUUGAUUCGGAGACAUCCAGAUUUAGCUGUUAGGGAUUCGCGUCUUCUCGACAAAAUGGCGCUCAAGUCUUCUGCCUUCCCAAGCGGACUAGCCCUCAACUUCUACCAGCGCUUCAUCUACUCCUAUGUUCCUACCAAGUUGGAGAACUCAGAGAAGUUGGAGAAGCAACAAUGUGGAGGAGACAUAGAAAGUCCUGCCCAGUGCUCUACUCCCGUUAAGCUGAGAAUGAGAUUGCAGGCAAUGUUAUGGAAGGUUGCUGAAAUAUUUGUGCCGCAAAUCAAGCGUGUUCGAGAGAAGAAACAAGAAAAUCAGUAUGCUGUUGAGCUUGUCAAGCUUCUUUGCACGGAAGUGGGGAAGCUGGAUCACUUGAAAGCUUUCGACAUGCUUAAGGUGCCACUAGCCACGUCAGCGUGCGUGGGUAUCCGAGAAGUCGUCGAAGAAAUUCUGCACACGAUUCCAGGUUCAACUCGUCUAAGAUUAGAAGACAAAUCUGUCUUCCAACUGGCAGUUUUGUACCGUCGCGAACAAGUCUUCAACCUCAUCUACCAGUAUGUGGGAUCAACAUUUACACAAUUAUCGCAGUCGGAUAUAAUGGGAAACAAUGGCCUCCACAUGGCUGGAUAUUUGUAUCCUCAACAGCUACUCAACCUGCGAUCUGGUGCUGCUGGGGCAGCCUUUCAAAUGCAACUCGAAUUACAAUGGUUUAAGGAGGUUGAAAAAUUUGUUCUACCACAAGCCAAAGAAGAGAGAAAUUAUCUCGGACAAACACCUGCAGAGGCCUUCACCGAGACACACAAGAUCUUGGUGAAAGAAGGAGAGCAGUGGAUGAAAGAUGCCGCCAAUUCAUGCACAAUUGUAGCUGCGCUUGUGGCCACCGUCGCCUUUGCAGCUGCCAUCACUGUGCCAGGUGGAAACAACGGUGUCACUGGGCAACCACUUUUCUCCAAAGAAACAGCCUUUGCAAUCUUUGCCAUCGCUGAUGCCCUUGCUCUUUUCUCCUCCUCUUCCUCCUUGUUAAUGUUCUUGUCUAUUCUCACUUCUCGUUAUGCCGAAGAGGAUUUUCUAUAUGCAUUGCCCAAUAGACUAAUCAUCGGCCUUAUAACUCUCUUCCUCUCCAUAUUAUCCAUGAUGGCAGCCUUUGUCUCCACUCUUUAUCUUGUUUUUGCAGCUAAAGACACGUGGAUUCUCAUUCCUGUAGUCGUAUUGGCCUGUCUACCUGUUACUUUGUUUGUAUCAUUGCAAUUUCCCCUUCUCAUUGAUAUGAUCAUAUCCACAUAUGGUCCAGGAAUUUUUGGUAAGCAAAGCAACCGUUACAUCACAUAGACAAAGUUGAAGGCUUUAGGAGUAUUAAUGUGUGUAAUAAUAAUUAAACUUGGUCUGUGUUGAACCCUUUUUAAGUAUUGGGGUACUCUCAAAUGUUUGGUCUUGGUAAAAUAUAUUGGGGUCGUAUUCUUAUUGUCAAUGGAGUGCUCAAUAAACUCCAUAGAGUUAUGGAGACCUGAAAAUUGUACUCAUGUUGAUAGUUGAAAGAAUAUUGAUAACUAAAUAGAACUCUUA